AUGAAAUUCUUUUAGAAAUUGGUGAUGAAACUUUUUUAUUACUUAAAAGUAAUGUUCCUGUCUCGGAUAUAAUUGGAUUUACUUUUGUAAUUUAUCAAGUAAAAAGAAAUAAAAAUUGAGGAAUAACUAGAUGAAUAGCAAUAGAAACAAAUUCUAAUAAUUGAUGAUAUUCAUUAUGAUAUUCAUGUCCCAUAUAUGAUGAUUUGA